CAUGUCAGCCCUGUAAAUAUCCAUGAUACCUACAGGGAACUAUCCGCAAACAAGGGAUGGUAUAGGUCAAAGCAUCUAGAGGACUUACACAGGGCUUAGGACUAUACACCAUCUAUUACUAGUUCCUCUAAGGCCAGACUACGUAUCAUAUCAGACUUACAAUCGGAUACCAGCUAGAACAAUUAUAUCAGCCCAGCAUGGCAGUCAGACAAGACCUCGUCGCACUCGGCAAGAAAUUAGUGGAACAAGGUCCUGUCAAGACCCUGCACACACCCCGCCGCGUGCGCAUUCUCUAUAACGGGGUCUACAUCGCAGAUACCACAUCUGCUGUCUAUGUCUGGGAACACGAAUACUAUCCGUACUUUUACGUACCGAAGAGUUCCGUUAAGGAGGGUGUUCUUCAUCCCUCACAACACUCAAAUGACGCCGCGUUCCAGACAGCGACGCUGAGAGUUGGGGAUAGAAGCACGGAUAGAGUCCUAAUAUUCGCGGAUAAGGGAAUUGCGGAGAAGGGCAAAGAGUUAGAGGGAUUAGUGAGGUUUGAAUUCGGUGCCGUGGAUGCUUGGUUUGAGGAAGAUACUCCGAUUUACGUGCAUCCGAAAGAUCCCUUUCGCCGCGUUGAUGUUUUGCACUCGACACGGCCAAUUGAGGUCCAUGUAAACGGGAUUGUGGUCGCGAAGGCGGAAUCUUCGUUCCAUCUCUACGAAACUGGCUUGCCGUGUAGGUACUAUCUCCCACCCACGGCAGUCGAUCGGAAGUUAUUGAGGGAGAGCGAUAUGGCGACUGCGUGUCCGUAUAAGGGGAUUGCGAGUUACUUUGAUCUGGUGUUGGAUGAUGGGGAUAAGGACAGGUUUAAGGAUUUGAUAUGGUGGUAUAGAAGCCCGAAUCUCGAGUGCGCGCAGAUUGCGGGGGCCCUGUGCUUUUACCAUGAGAAAGAGGAGGUGGAGAUUUUGCUUGAUGGGGAGGUGGUUAGGAAGCCGAAGACGCCUUGGUCUUGAAGAGGAGCUUGGUGGUUAGGUAUGUCUUUCGAGAGAUGUUUACGUUCAUUGGCGGAUAUUUGUUUCGGAUUGUUUACUUGUUGAAGGUUAUGGGAUUUCAUCUUUAUUUCGGACGGAUUAUUUGGGAGGACGGCGGGCUAGGGUCAAAAAUAAUGGUUGGGUCCAGAAUGAAAACCCCCUUCUCCUUUUACAGCAAUACUUUGCGUUUCGAAAUCCAUGGUUAUCACAUGAAGGCAUUUCGAAGACUGAAUCCCCACCGGGUGCCGGUGCAUCUCGGGGGACCUCAAUCAACAAUUUAAUUCCACAAAUGAAGUCUUAAUGAAUCCAUCAUUGAAAGCGGGCAAGAUUCGCCGUGGUGCGCUUAAGAUCCCCGGUCUGAAGGGGUCCCCCGGAUCAUCCUACUACUAGACGGCGAUCAUACCUAUUGUCCUAUCAUAUCAUUCGUAUUGGCACCAGAUUCAUCU